AUGCCGGCCCAGCACCGCAUCCUCUCGCUUGUCUACAAUGACUUCGAAGCCCCCAAUCUCUUCGACCCACUGGGCGCCAUCAUCCCCCACUCGCCACAGGGCAUCGAAACCUCCAUAAAGAACGGCAUCGCGGUGAUUCCGACCCUCUCACUGGCCGAGGCUCUCAGGGAGGACCACCAGUUCGACACCCUUUUCAUCCCGGGCGGGUUCGGCAUGCUGCCGCUGAUCUGGGACCCAAUCCUGCUACAACGCAUCGGGAAGCUGGUUGACCGCGCCGCGAAUAUUUUGACUGUGUGUACCGGGUCCAUCCUGCUGGCUGCGACUGGUCGGCUGGAUGGACGGAAGGCAACGACGAAUAAGCGGCUGUACGAUGAGUUGACUCCAAAGUUCCCCGGCGUCCAAUGGCAGAAGCGGGCCCGCUGGGUGCAGGACGGAAAAUUCCUGACUUCCUCCGGUGUUACGGCGGGGAUCGACGCAGGCCUUGUGUUCAUGGCUAGUACGUAUGAGGCUCAAAAGGCUUCUGCCCAGGGAGAGGAGGCUUCAAUUCCAGGCUUCAGCAGAGAAAAAGCUCUGCAUCAUGCUCAUUUUGUUGCGUUUGGCUUGGAAUAUCGUUGGGACUCCCUGCUAAAGAUGUCACAUAAAAGUGCUCUUAUACCUUUAAAUGAAUCUUCCACCUGGGACAAUGCAGUCAGAUAUUAA